CUUCUCCGCCUUUCUCGGCUCUUUCUUCCCAGGGUUCAAUGAGCGCUUCGUGGCCCCACCCCGUCUCUCCUCGGCGCUGUCUAUCUCCUCAAUGUAGGCUACUAUUCUCGGCGAGAGAGAAAGCGAGAGCGAGAAAAUAAUAACCUCCAAGAAUCGCUAAUUCCUGUCUUUCACCUUCCACGACCAGCGGCCAGGAGGGGGUUCGGCCUUGGCGGUGGGAAUGUGCCGCUACAACAAACCUGUGUCCUAUUUUUUGGUGAAUGUAAAUGCACAUGUAGUCUGUAGCCUGUAGCUUGCCUUUCCAGCUCGGAUUUUGGAGGAAUUUCGGUCCAUUGCUGCGUCUACAAAUGUACACAAAUCGGCCUUUUGUAGGCUCUGAAGACUGAUCCUGACAGCGGGGGUUGAUUUUUCACCUGCAAGAAGCGUGGAUACAUUUCGGGUUUUUUUUCACGUCUUGGUCACGUUUUUUGGACCGCUUUUUGUGCUUUCUCUCCGUCUAAAGCCAAACGUCGGAUCGUAUUCAAGGAUUUAUCUGGAAGGAAGAUCGUCUGUGCGCAGUUUUGGGGGCUCGGUGUGAUAUGAAGGGCUGAUAACACAUUUGAGCAACAAAAGCGAGGGGCUGACACAGAAAGAAGGCCUUUGGAGGAGAAAACACAGCGAGGAACAGCCAUCAUAAAUAAGGGAGAUCGUUGACUUGUCGAAGGUGGUUCCGGAUCCAGCUCCGAAGACAACCCGAGUGAGAUCGAGGCUGUUUCUCGUCGAUUUGGAUCCGAGAAUGUGACAACGGAAGCGGUGAAAAUAUCACACAUGUAGCUCUUUUGGGUGUAAAUACUCUCCUUCCUCUUGUCCCGUCGGCCCAGACAACCGCCAAUGAGACAGAGAAGUAGAUAGGAAAUGUAAAAAUCUACACAUGAAGAUGUUUAUUCUGAAAGGAGACGUGGAGACGAGCCGCCCCAGCGCACCGGCGAGGUUUCAUUCGGACACACCGAGUUGGGCUCCUUGUCGCGGGCAGCAGUGAGACGCAAGACCCGGGCUUUUGGAGAUGCAAAUGAGGCUAUUUAUUCUGCCUCCGCCUGAGGUGAAACAGCACUAUUUGGUGUCUUAACGGACUGUUUGGAUUGUAAUUCGUAAACUUGGCCGAGGAAGGGUGGAAAAACAGAGCUAUCGCGCACAUAAAAGAGGGAAAAGCCCGAGGAUUCAGCAAACAGAAGACGGCCUCGGUGGCGUCAGCAACAAUAUCCUGCCCUUUCUCUGACAGCAGAAUACCUUUCAAGGACUCAUACUUUCAGUUUUGGGCCGGAUAAUUGGCGUGGAUGUGCUUGAUACUGCUGCCUAAUCUGCAGGUCAAACGACAGAUCUAGACCAGCUUAUUUAUUCCCUGCUUUCAGCCACCACCUCCAUCCAUUUCUACUUCCACCUCCUCCUUUCUCCUCCCCUGGACCCCUUUUUUCUUUUUUCCUCCUGGAAGAUGGGUUGUUUGGGAAACAGCAAGACAGAAGACCAGAGAAAUGAGGAAAAGGCACAAAGAGAAGCCAACAAAAAGAUAGAGAAGCAACUCCAGAAAGACAAACAAAUAUACAGAGCAACACAUAGAUUACUACUUUUAGGAGCUGGUGAGUCAGGAAAAAGCACCAUUGUGAAGCAGAUGAGGAUUCUACACGUGAACGGGUUCAAUGCAGAAGAGAAGAAGCAAAAAAUCCAGGACAUCAAGAAUAAUAUCAAAGAGGCUAUUGAGACCAUAGUAACAGCUAUGAGCACACUGACUCCACCAGUGCAGUUGGCGUGUCCUGAGAACCAGUACCGGAUCGACUACAUCCUCAACCUUAUCAACCAGAAGGACUUUGAGUUUCCAUCUGAGUUUUACGAUCAUGCAAAAACACUUUGGCAAGACGAGGGGGUGAAGGUUUGCUUCGAGAGGUCCAACGAGUACCAGCUAAUCGACUGUGCACAAUAUUUCCUAGACAAGAUUGACAUUGUGAAGCAGAGCGACUACACUCCGACUGACCAGGAUUUGCUCCGGUGCAGAGUUCUGACUUCAGGGAUCUUUGAGACACGAUUUCAAGUGGACAAAGUUAACUUUCAUAUGUUUGAUGUUGGUGGUCAGAGGGAUGAACGCAGAAAAUGGAUUCAGUGCUUUAACGAUGUAACAGCCAUCAUCUUCGUGGUGGCCAGUAGCAGUUACAACAUGGUGAUCAGAGAGGACAAUCAGACCAACCGUUUACAAGAGGCUCUUAACCUCUUCAAGAACAUCUGGAAUAACAGGUGGCUCCGGACCAUUUCUGUCAUCUUGUUCCUAAAUAAACAGGACCUGCUUGCAGAGAAGGUGCUGGCAGGGAAGUCUAAAAUUGAGGAAUAUUUUCCUGAAUUUGCUCGCUACACCACGCCUGAUGAUGCGACACCAGAACCUGGAGAAGAUCCACGAGUUACAAGGGCAAAAUACUUUAUAAGAGAUGAAUUCUUGAGGAUCAGCACAGCCAGUGGAGAUGGAAGACACUAUUGCUAUCCUCACUUCACCUGCGCUGUUGACACUGAAAACAUCCGCCGUGUCUUCAACGACUGUCGAGACAUCAUCCAGAGGAUGCAUCUGCGGCAGUACGAGCUCUUGUGAUCCAAGAGGGAAGCAGUUCGGCCAAAAAAAAAAAAAAAAGAAAAAAAAAGCGUAAACUAAGAGAAGCCCUGAUUCCAGCUUCUCUAAUCGCCCCCCCUUUUCCAGAGACAAGUGUGAGCUAUUGUGAAGGCCAAAAUUAACAAAUACAGACACACAUGCUAAUAGUAAACAAAGCCUAAACUGAUGCAAAGUCCUCAACUGCAGUCAACAAGCUGUGUUAAUCAAUGAGGUACAAGUUGAACCAUCUCCACUACUACCUUCAGCUGUUCUCUAAACUUCAUGUAUCUUUGUCUGUCAUCUUUAUAACCCUGAGGGUCUCAGUCUGAACUGUAAUGCAGUCACGAAGGUUCGGAACUGAAGUACAAGCUGGUAGACUCGGAUAACAGUUGUGUUCAUUUUCACAACCGCCUUUGACAUACACUAACCACCACGAGUCAUCGCAGCUCAGAUCCAUCUCAACUGCAUAUCCAGGAUUUCUACCACGGGAUCUAAAUACCUGCUUCUUUGGACUGCGCACCCAGUUGAACCUGCUACAUCUUGGCCUGACAGUCGUCAAAGAGGUGUGGACUGAUUUUUGCUUUGAGAUUAAACUGUUCGACUGUGUGACCUUCCACAGUCACCUGGGAGACAAGACUUGGAUUGAUGCGAUGGUGUGGAUUUGUGGAAGCAUUUUGACGUCCCGGAAUGCCUGCACCGAACUGAUUCUCCAUAAGACUGUUCAUGGCGGUGCACGGGGGAGGGGGGGUUUAUUAUAGAAACAAAAACUUUCAUGGAACUUACGAGACAGAGGGGCUGAGAGUUUGCGCCUCCGUACAAAACUAUAUAAGAGAAAUGUCAUCAUGUCAUGAUUGAUUCUGUCUCCACAGCAGUUUUUGUCUGUGUAGACUUUUGUGCCAUUGUGCCCCGUGCGCUUUCUUUCUAAAUCUUUGCUCUGUCUUUGUCUCCCCUCAUCCUCUCACCUGUUCCUGCUCAUGUUGUCGCCACCUCACCCCUCUGUCUAUUACCAGUCCUUCCAGAUCAACUUUACUUUGCCAGCAGCCCCUCUCCAAAAAAUAUGAAGUAACCCAGGAUUAAAAAAAAAAAAAAAAAAAAAGAUAACUGAAACAUAUUCACGUAUGCUGCUUUCUUUUUUUCCUCUUAUCCAUCUUUUUUCUCUUCCCUGGCCUCUUGCUCCUUUGUUUGUUUGUCUUUAUUUUACUUUACUGCUGAUCUAUUAUUCUUGUACAGAUUGUAAAAUGUAUUAUUUUGUACAACUUUAUUGAAAAAAAAAAAACUUUUAGAAGAUCCCUGUGCCUUGAUCACGACUGUACGUGUGUUAUGAGCUAAAGUGGGUGUCAUACUGCGCUGUAUAGCUUGGCCAACCCCAUUCUCACCACUUUAUUUUCUCCCCCUCGUUCAGCCCUCUCCCAGUGAGAGGACGUCCAUGCAUAGCUUUUCUAUUUUGAUUUCUCACCUCUCUAUCCUCCACUUCCUCUCUUUAUGAUUUAAAUGUCUAUUUUUGGAUCCAUAUACCCCAAAAAGAUAAAUAUAUGAAAUGUAUAUGGGUUUUAAAAAAGUAUUUUAUUAGAAAUCAAAUGAACCUUGACAAAUUGUACACUUCAUAGUGUGCGUAUUGCUAUAACUUAAAUCCUUUCAACUGAAGUUGUGUUGAGGUGUCUUGUUUUCUCUUCCGUUGAGUAGAUUUCUGAAGAUGCUAAAUGCUGCUUCUUUUCCACAUGGAUCUAUUAUUUUGAGACAGGGGUGUCCUCCAAACGUUGCGGGACUGAAUCUCCUCUAUUUCAUUUAAGAUGUUUAUAACAGUCUGAGCCUUUUGAACAGGAGCUCUAACAAAUAAAGGUUUUUUGGUUUCAGACAGUUAAAUAUCUGUCAUUGCACUGACACACCGAACACACCCACAGAGUUGUUGCAGUCGUCGCUGAAAUAAAGUUCUUCAGUUUAAGCAAAACACAUGACAAGGAUGUGUUCACAAACAUUAGAAUUGUAAAACGCGGACGUAUGAUGAAAGGGGUAAUACAGCUGUUGCUGGAUGACAAACUGCUGCCGCUGCAGAGAUGAUGGUCUACAGAGGGAAAGUUUCAUCUCACAUCACAAAAACAAUCUUGGCUUGUGGCAGUGAAGCUAGUGACAUCUCAAUUCAUGCACCUGAAUGUCAGAUCUGAAGACUAGGAUUUGGGGGAAGUCAAGACGUUGCGAGUUAUACAGUCAGACAAAUACAAAUGAAAAAUACAAAUUCAAGAACCAUUUGUUUUUCUGAGAUCAAUCAGGUUGCCAUCGGAUAUAUCAAAGUGACAAGCAU